AUGGCCGACGAAAACGGAACUGAGCCCAUCAAGCGUGAUGUGCGGAAUCAUAUGCUCUUUGAGAUCGCCACCGAGGUAGCCAACCGUGUGGGCGGUAUCUACUCGGUGCUCAAGUCAAAAGCGCCCGUCACCACCGCCGAGUAUGGUGAGCGCUACACUUUGAUCGGCCCGCUGAACAAAGCGUCGGCGGCCGUCGAGGUCGAGGAAUUGACCCCCUCCAGCCCCGCCAUGCGCGAGACCAUCAAGUCUAUGCAGGAGCGUGGGGUCGAGAUUGUCUACGGUCGCUGGUUGAUCGAGGGUGCUCCUCGUGUCCUGCUGAUCAACACGGGCACGGGCUACCGCUGGCUGGACGAGUGGAAGGGUGAUCUCUGGAACACAUCCGGGAUUCCCUCCCCCUCGGCCGAUAACGAGACCAAUGAAGCGAUCGUGUUUGGAUACCUGGUCGCUUGGUUCUUGGGCGAGUAUAUCGCACACGAGCGUCGUCGCGCUGUGGUUGCCCAUUUCCACGAAUGGCUGGCCGGUGUUGCGCUUCCCUUGACCAAGAAGCGACACAUGGACUUGACCACCAUCUUCACCACCCACGCCACGCUGCUGGGUCGUUACCUUUGCGCCGGAUCGGUAGACUUCUACAACAACCUUCAGUACUUUGACGUCGAUGCCGAGGCUGGCAAACGUGGAAUCUAUCACCGCUACUGCAUCGAGCGUGCGGCAGCCCACAGCGCCGAUGUGUUCACCACCGUGUCUCACAUCACGGCCUUUGAGAGUGAGCACUUGCUCAAGCGCAAGCCCGACGGAGUCUUGCCCAACGGUCUCAAUGUCAAGAAAUUCUCCGCCAUGCACGAGUUCCAGAACCUGCACUCGCAAGCCAAGGAGAAGAUCAAUGACUUUGUCCGUGGACACUUCUACGGCCACAAUGACUUUGACCUGAACAACACCCUUUACCUCUUCACUGCUGGUCGGUAUGAGUACCGCAACAAGGGUGUCGAUAUGUUCAUCGAGGGUCUGGCGCGUCUGAACCACCGCCUCAAGUCCAGCGGCUCGACGACUACAGUCGUCGCGUUCAUCAUUAUGCCUGCCCAAACCUCAUCUCUCACCGUCGAGUCUCUCAAGGGUCAAGCGGUGGUGAAGUCUCUGCGGGACACCAUUGAGAACAUCGAGAAGGGAAUCGGUAAACGCAUGUACGAGCGCUGCCUGGAAUGGAAGGAAGGUGAGAACAUGCCGGACGAGAAGGAUCUGAUCACAAGUCAAGACCGCGUCUUGCUGCGUCGUCGUCUGUUUGCGAUGAAGCGCCACGGCCUGCCCCCAAUUGUCACGCACAAUAUGGUGAAUGACUCCGAGGAUCCCAUUCUGAACCAGCUGCGUCGGGUGGAGCUGUUCAACAACUCGUACGAUCGGGUCAAGAUCGUCUUCCAUCCCGAAUUCCUCAAUUCCUCCAAUCCCGUGCUCCCCCUGGACUAUGACGACUUCGUCCGCGGUACCCAUCUGGGUGUCUUCCCCUCCUACUAUGAGCCCUGGGGCUACACCCCCGCCGAGUGCACCGUCAUGGGGGUCCCCAGUAUCACGACCAACCUGUCCGGAUUCGGAUGUUACAUGGAGGAGUUGAUCGAGAAUUCCUCCGACUACGGUAUUUACAUUGUGGAUCGUCGCGCCAAGGGUGUCGACGACUCAGUGAACCAAUUGACCGACUUCAUGUACCAAUUCACUCUGAAGAGCCGUCGUCAACGCAUCAAUCAGCGCAACCGUACCGAGCGACUGAGCGAUCUUCUGGACUGGAAGCGCAUGGGUCUGGAAUAUGUCAAGGCUCGCCAGCUGGCAUUGCGCCGAGCUUAUCCCUCCUCAUUCGACGAAGCGGAAGAUUACUUUGACAUGAUCGGCGGAACCGAUCAGAAGGUCUCGCGCCCCUUGUCUGUACCGGGAUCUCCUCGGGACCGCUCUGGCAUGAUGACCCCCGGUGACUUUGCCUCGCUCCAAGAGGGUCGCGAGGGUCUGAGCACGGAAGACUAUAUUGCGUGGAAGCUGCCUGAGGAGGAGGAGCCCGAUGACCAUUUCUACCCUCUGACCCUGCGUCAGCGCAAGCCGAGUGACCGACCCCAGUCCCCCCUGGACAGUAUCUCGGUCAACGGAGGCCGUGAGAGCCCCAAGGCUUAG